AUGGACAUUCUUGUGGAGCAAGAACGUGUUCGUCGAUAUUUCGUACGGCAAAGACAAAAUAUAAUUGUUUAUUUAGCAGCAUUAUAUGACGAGGGUCAGUUCAGCGGAGGCCGUAGGAGAAGGUCAAUCUGGGUGAAGCCAUGGCUUCAGAGAAGGGUUUUCUAUGGCCAAUACGACACUCUUAUGAUGGAACUAAUGCGAGAAUCGCGCGGGGACUUCAAAACAUACUUACGCAUGGAACCGGAGAUGUUUCGAGAGAUUCUUACUAGGGUGGCGCCACGAAUCACCAAGAAUAAGCAAAGGCGACCUCCUUUAGAAGCAGGGCUUAAAGUAGCUAUUACCAUGCGCUUUUUAGCUACCGGAAAUUCCUACCACAGCCUUGCGUUUGACUUUCGUGUUGCUCACAAUACUAUUUCACUCUUCGUGCCGGAAGUUUGUGAAGCCAUUGUAGCUGAGUUUAAAGACGAGGUCAUAUGUACACCAUCAACCCCCGAUGAAUGGAUCGAAGUUGCAAAUAAGUUUCGACGGCGAUGGGAUUUUCACCAUACAUGCGGCGCACUCGACGGAAAGCAUAUUGCGAUCAAAAAACCAAAGCAGUCUGGAAGUCAGUUUUACAACUACAAGGGGUUCUUUUCUAUUGUUCUGUUAGGUCUCGUCGAUGCAGAUUAUAAGUUUUUGUGGGCGAACAUUGGAGCUAACGGUUCGUCUUCAGACUGUGGCGUAUUCAAUCGGUCUAGCCUGGAGCCAGCCCUUAGAGAAGGAACUCUUGGGUUGCCACCACCAGAACCACUUCCAUUUGACGAUAGAAACACGCCAUAUUUCUUAGUGGGCGAUGACGCCUUCCCUUUGAGAUCGUAUCUCAUAAAACCCUUUCCCCAUCGCUUCUUGGACCACGACGAAAGAAUUUUCAAUUACCGUUGUUCCAGGGCUAGGCGAGUAGUUGAAAACGCUUUUGGAAUUCUUGCGGCAAGAUUUAGAUGCCUUCUUACCACGAUGCAGACAACCCCAAGGAAUGCCAAGAGGAUAACAAAGGCUUGUUUGAUCUUGCACAACCUGAUGCGGGAUCGUUAUCCGAGCUUGCAGAACGAGGACCUUGACCAUGAUGACGGACAGGGGGAUGUCGUGCCAGGGGCUUGGCGGAAUGUUGGCGUGCUCGAUGACGUCAAUGAUGUCGCCAGAGGACCAAGAGGAACAAGGGAAGGGAAGCAGCUUCGUGUGUAUCUAAAGCACUAUUACUGCAGUGAUGUUGGGCGCGUACCCUGGCAAGAAGCAGCUAUUAAUAUGCCCUUGCGAUAG